AUGGGCCUCAAAGGUCUACUAAUAGCCUGCUUCCGGGUUUCAGCCCUAGUCGGGGCGCAGACGAUCCCACGGGACACAAUCCUAAAUAUACUCUCAUCAGAUCCUCAACUGAGCGGGCUUUCGACAGUUGUCAACUCCUUCCCCCUCCUCGUCCAGCAAUUUAACAAGGCAGAUAACUUCACAUUCUUGGCUCCAACUAAUGACGCUAUUUCAUUAUGGCUUGCGACGAAUCGUUCAUCGGAUUAUAUCCAAGCUACAUUACAGUACCAUCUCCUGAGCGGCACAUUCCCAAGUGCAUUUAUCGCCAGCACGCCAAUAUUCAUUCCUACAGCCCUCACAAGCCAUUCGUUCUGCAAUAUGACUGGUGGUCAAAGGGUAAAGGCAACAUCUAACGAUGGGCAUCUCUUGUUUGGUUCCGCGCUACAGACUACAAGUAAUGCCCUCUCAACGGACAUAAUAGCCUUUGGGGGAAUCGUUCACAUCAUCGACAAAGUCCUGGAACUUCCAAUCGGACCUGCUCAAACAAUCGUGGCCGAAAACUUAAGCUAUUUCAUCGCCAUGGCCGAGAAAGGAGGAUACCUCAGUGCAGAGGCUCGGCCUUUCGUCGAUGCCUACUUUAGUCGGCCCGACACCACAUAUUUCAUAUUCAAUUCUGCCAAGGCGUUGGCGCACUUGAACGACACAAGCGUGAAUAUAACUACACUUCUAAACUCAUCGGGUUAUGGUCUUGCUCCUCGAGUAAUUUAUUCAACGGCUUUUGUGAACGGGACUCAGAUUAUGACGGUUUUGGGUCUUCCCUUGUUAGUUACGGUACAAGAUGGGGAUACAUACAUCAAUUACGCGAAAGUUACCUCAAGGGACAACUUUAUCAGCAACGGUGUAUUUCAUGUUAUUGACGAUAUUAUAGACCCGGGGAAUAUAACAGGUCCUCCUCCGUCCUCCACAAACACAACCGAAGCACAGACUUCGAUGCACUUUUCAACAGGAGCAAAGACUGGCAUAGGAGUUGGUACAAGUGUCGGGGUUCUAGCCGUGGCUGCGGCAUUAAUCUUUAUAUAUCGCAGGAAACGAAGCUCGAGUUCAUGGAUGGAGAGGAAUUCAAAUACAUGGAGAGAUAAGAGGAGACCGGGAGAGCUAAGUAGUAAUUUACUGCUUGAAUUGUUCCAGUUAGGAACUGACAAAUCUACAGUCGAGUUGAGUGCAAGAUCCUGUCACGAGUUACCAGAAUUGCCAACGACGGAAUCGGCUGUUGAGCUGCCUGCUGGAUAUGGUUUCCAACAAGAGAUUGGGAGAGCUUUUUAG